AUGUCUGUUUCGAUACUCACGGAUGUUGCCCAUCCGGGGAACACGACCAGAUCCCUACCUGAUCAAUCUGAUACCGUGCGGCCGCUACUCAACUGGCCCGACUUGGAGGGAUUCAGGGACACUGGCCUCGACAAUGAACCGCCCGCAAAUUGGAUGGAGCACCCGUGCCCGCCGGAACUCCAUGAUUUCCCACAGACGACGCCCGCGGACCUUGUUCGAAUCCUGAAUCUGUCCGUAACUGCCGAGAUAUACCAAGCGCGUGAAGACGAGAAAGAGCUGGUUGGCUUCGAGUCUCCCGGACUUCCGUCAUCACCUGUUGCGCCGCCGCCAGCGGGCCCAAGCGACGCACCGAGGAACGAUGCGGCUUCUCCAAUCGCCCGUUCGUCUACAAGCCUUUCCACGCGGAGCUCCACCCUUUCCAAGGAUGGAGUGUCGACGAAAUCUACGAUUGGAAAGCUCUCCGCCAAAGCGCCAAAAGAAGUGCGGGCAAUUUCGGCUUCAAUAAAAGGGAAAUAUGUGCUCCAGGAAUGCGCCAGCUGCAUGGAGGGCAUCAUCGAAAAGAACCUACUUCGCCUCGACUGUCAACAUCGAUACUGCUUGGCCUGCUUUAUUACUUUGGUCACUACGGCAAUCCACAACGAAAAUCAGUUUCCGCCAAAAUGCUGCCUCUUAGAGAUCCCUGCUAAGAUGAUCCUCCACAACUUGGAGAACCCGAAUAGGGAUCUUUAUAAAGAGAAAGCGGUGGAAUAUGCAAUCCCACAGCAGGAUCGAUGGUACUGCCCGUCAAACGCUUGUGGGAAAUGGAUUGCCCCAAAGAAACUCAAAAAAUCGGCUGCGGUGCAGAAAUGCCCAUUCUGCAAGUUUAAAAUCUGCGGUUUCUGCCGCGGACCUACCCAUAUAAGCCGGGCAGAUUGCCCCAAAGAUGCAGGGCUGGAAGCCACACUUCACGAGGCCGAAAGGCACGGUUGGAGACGCUGUUAUCAGUGCCGUGCGAUGGUUGAGUUAGUUGCCGGCUGUCGUCAUAUGACUUGCAAAUGUGGUGCGCACUUCUGCUACACCUGUGGCGCGGUAUGGCGCACAUGCUCGUGCACGGAAGAAGACCAGCGACGACGGGAGGAACAUCUCCUAGCACGACGUCUCGAAACAUUUGACCACGCUCAGAGAGAGGCCCAGGAACUGGCAGAUGCCAUCGCCGAAAUUGAGCGCCUGGAGCAACUUGAAACAGAAGAGCGGAUCCGUCGCGAGGAGCGUGAGGCUGAGGAAAGGGCUCGCCAGGAAGCAGAGCGAGCACGGGCGGAAGAGGCGAGACGACGGAGGGAGGAAGAGGAGGCGCGCGAAAGAGAAGCGCAACGACUGAUGGCGAUAGCCGAACUAAUACGUAAUCUGCGCUUGACCUUGGACCGGAUUAAUGAAUCGCAGCAAAAGAUGCUGAAUAUGAGGCAUGAGACAGAUGCGCUUCUGCUACACUCGAAGAUUCAAGAUGAGAAGAAACAAUUCGAUGAAAAGCGGCAGCGGCUCGAGCUGGCUCUCCAGUCGAAUGUGAAGAAGCGUACUGAUGCGCUUUCCGCCACGCACGAGACCGAGAUCGCAGAAAUGACCUCGAAACACGAGGAUGAAGAGGACGAGACUUUCAUCAGUAUAUCAAGGCAUUUGAAGAAUAGGCCUAAUCGAGAAGAGCGCGAGAGAUCAAUAAUGGACAAACUCAAAGCCGCACAGGACAGAGAACUCGCUUCCCUGCAAAAGACGCACAAGGAAGCGAUGGAAGAACUGGAACAUACAGCGAGCAUAGAAGCCAGCUCGCUCGAAGCCGGCCUGGCGAAGGAGUCUCAGCUUGCUUGCCCAAGCGUUGCAAACCGCCAAAUACUGGCGCAGGAUAUCACGAUUGACCGCCACUGGUUUCAAGCCGUGACGAAGAAACGCGCAGAUCUGCUCGAGCUCCAUCGCCAGCGCCUCGUCCGCGGUGAAAACACCACCAGCGAACGCCGUCCCAACCAACGGCGCGCUUUGAAGCACUCGAAGCCACCUUCACCACCUCCCGCUUACCCACUCCCUCCUCCGCCAACAAUGCUUCCACCUCCUACUCCAGGUUCGCCUCGAACACCGAUCCUCGUACUCCCCCGACGCCCAGAGUCACCGCGUCCACCGCCAACGCCCAUAGCCGCUCCGGCCAUUGACCCUGCGCCAAAGCCAAAACAAGAGAAAAUGUCUUUGAAGGAGAUGAUUACGGCGAAUGCUCGCAAUCGGCGGGUGAAUCGGUCUGCGUUUGCUGUUCUAAGUGGCUAG